CCUUAUAAGACACAUUUUUAAAAGGCCUGAACUACAUUUUUGACUUAUUCAUAAACAAAUUUCUGAGUUCGGAGAUCUAGAUCUAGAUCUAAUUUAUAAUAAACAGAUAGGUUGGAAGCCCACAAAGUGCAGUUGUUAUGUUGAUGAAAGUUUUCAUUCUUUGCAUCUUUUACGACGUGCUUCUAGCUUGCCCUCUAAGCUAUUUCGGACCCUCGUGUCGCUACCAGUGUCACUGUCAAAAAGGCUGCGACAAAUUCGGGGCCUGCUUAAAUGGAUCCACCUGCGCUACUGGAUGGUUCGGAUUUUUGUGCCAGUUAAAGGAUCUGACAAGGAGUGCACCAAGACCAUCGUUAGUAACUAUUCCAAAGACCAAUCGCCCUUUUUUGCACGACGAUGACAUCGAUACCUGCGUUGAAAACAUGAAAUCUUUUAUCUACACCUUCGUUGUCCCUACACACAUCACAUUUUUUAGGGUCAUUGGUUUUAAAAAAUAUAGAGGCGAGUUGGAAGGAAAUCUAACUGUGUGGAAUGACAACAGGACGGUCGUGUGUGUGAACGGCAGCUAUGACAUUGUCGUGGACAAUUAUACCCUGGACGUCUACUGCAGAACAGCAGAACCAGCCACAGUGUUCCUGGUAGACACGAAAGAUUACUUUAGGGUCUGCCACAUAUAUGCCAGCAAUGACUGCAUUGUCUCCUAUACGAGGCUGCCUUGCGCUCCCGAUUACUGCGACCGUUGUUUCAACUUCAAGUGUGACCGGGCGACGGGCAAGUGCAGUGAUGCGUGCGUGGGGUAUUCCAAUUUCCCGUAUUGCGAUAAGCCUUGUCGCAAAGGUCACUUCGGAUUAAAUUGUCUCUUUAAGUGUAGCAGCAGCUGUUACAACGGAUCUUGUGACCCUAAGAUUGGGCUUUGUCUCAAUGGCUGUUUCGGAUUCUCAAAUCCACCCCAGUGCAAUAUUCCCUGCAAAAAAAGUCAUGGACAUAAUUGUAUAUGCAGCAAAACAUGUAAAGUGUGUAGGACAGGCUCAAGGAUAUGCGAAACGUGCUUGCCAGAUUACCGCCUCAACAUGAGUGAUCGUACUACGUGUUUUCAUAAGACUGAAAUAAAAAGAGGCUUUUCUUAUUUUUCAUUUAUACAGACAGGAUCUCCUGUAGCUUUAUGUAUAAUCCUACUUCAGACGUUUUUAGUGGUAACAGUAGUAGUUCUUAUGUUAAGGUAUCAUCGUCAAUCUUUAAACGAGUCUCAAGCCGAGACGGACUGAAUCAUCGUUUAUAUGCGUCUGUAUUUACCUAUUUGAUAUUUCUGUAAUCCCCUUGUUAAUAAACGCUAUUAUUGUUUUCUUUA